GGAACAAACAGCUUGCAGGUCUAGUGCGAGAUAAGAUAGGAGAAUAAUGUGUUGACGCUACUGCGCAUGAAGCAGCACAUGACAGGAUAUUACACAAAUAGAACACAUCCUGUCUAAAUUGGUAUCCUGGUCGAUAUAUUCAAAAGGUCGAUAUAAGUAAACAGAUGCCACAUACAAUCCACAGAAGGGCAAUGUUCCGGAUAAUACUUGUCAUUGUUAUAUCUCUGCUGAAAGCUUCUACCUGCGUUCCAAGCGCUCCGGUCAGUGUGAAUGACCCAGGUGGUCCUCGCUGUUACUCGUGUCCAAGUGUGGAGGAACCGUAUCUGUGUAACGUGACCACACAGUGUGGACAUAAUGAGCAAUGUUACACAGAUGAAUAUUCAACGAAUCAUGGAACGAGAACUUUCAGUGUCGGUUGUCGACGGAUUGCAGAUUGUCAUGUUCCAAUUGUCGGGAGAUCAGUCUCCGGUAGGCGUGACGUCAAGCGACUCGAGUGUCAGGAGUGUUGCCAUGGGAGAUUAUGUAAUGGCGGCGGCUGCAGUGCAGGGAUUGGCAAGGGCAACCUGUGCUUCAGCUGUCACUUCCUGAGGGACCCGCGACAUUGCAAACAUGAGAAACGAUGCGAGGCCAAUGAGACUGUUACAUAGAAGUCAUCAAUAUGAAAUCAAGUA